AUGGACAGGGAGACGCGCGCGCUCGCCGAGAGCCACUUCCGACGCCUCCGCGGACGCUCCUUCACCGAGGGCUGGGGCAGCCGCAGGCGCUGGGUGACGCCGGGCGGGAAGCCGGCCUUCGAGCACCUGCUGCGGAACUACGGAGACGUGGGCGUCCCUGUGGCCACCUGCGGGGUCCGGGAGUACACUUCCAGCCCCAAGGAGCACAUGCUCCUCCGAGACUACAUCAGCGACUGGAAAGACUACAUCCAGGGGGGCUCCUCCUCUCCGCGCGGCCGCCUCUACCUCAAGGACUGGCACCUGUGCAGUGAGAGCUCGCCCCAGGGGGUGGACCAGGGACACCCAGACCCUGGUUGUGGCCCCCAGGGACUCUUGAUCCAGCAGCACAUAGGACUCCUAGACCCAGUGCUCCUGCACGACUCGAGGUCACUGGCGGGGCGAGAGCGUGGACGAGGCCCACAGGUUCGGGAGAAGAGCGUGAUGCAGAUGAGGCACUUAGAGCACCAGCUCAACCAGAGGCUGGAAUUCCAGAUCUGGUGCAAGAGGGGUCUGGAACAAUGGCGGUGCUGCCUGCACGGGUCAUCUGAGCGGCAUCACAACACCCCCAGCGUCGUUUCCUCUGUUUACGACAGGGGGCCCCCUGUCACUCGCUGCAGGGCCCCUGGUCACUCCCUGCAGGGCCCCCCGGCCGAGGACGUGUUCACCCUGCCUGUGUACUUCUUGUCCGACUGGCUCAACGAGUACUGGGACGCCCUGGUUGUGGACGACUACCGCUUUGUCUACAUGGGGCCCGCGGGCCCCUGGUACCCGCUGGGGCCCCUGGGGCCCGUGUGCUCGGCCAGCCUUUCUGAAGCGCCAGACCACCUCUGGUUCAGUAGGCACCGACAGGAGGGUUCACACAGGUCACCGUUCCACGCCGACAUCUUCCACUCCUUCAGCUGGUCUGUCAGCAUCUGCGGGAGGAAAAGGUGGUUCUUCUUCCCUCCGGGGCAAGAAGAAGCCCUUCGGGAUUGCCACGGUGGCCUGCCCUACGACGUGACCUCGCCUGCGCUGCUCGACGGCCGCUGUGUGCAAGCACUGCACCCACCCCUGGAGCUCACGCGGGAGGCAGGCGAGGUGGUCUUCGUGCCCAGCGGGUGGCACCACCAAGUCCACGACCUGGAGGACACCAUCUCCAUCAACCACAACGGGGUCAACGGCUGUAACCUGGCCCAUAUGUGGCACUUCCUGCAGCAAGAGCUCCGGGCCGUGCAGCAGGAGGUCAGCCAGUGGAGGGACACUAUGCCUGACUGGGACCAUCACUGCCAGGUCAUCAUGAGGUCCUGCUCCGGGAUCAGUUUUGAAGAAUUUUACCACUUCCUCAAGAUCAUCGCUGAAAGGAGGCUGCUGCUUCUGGCGAAAGAGCUGGGCCCUGGUGACAUGGAGGGCAGUGCGGGCAGGGGGCUGGGCCCCCAGCAGGCUGCUUUUGAUGUCAGCCGGAUUGCAGAGGUGCUGGCCUCCGUGGUGGCCCACCCCGACUUCCAGAGAGUGGACACUAGCGUGUUCUCACUGCAGCCGGGGGAGUUCCUCCAGCAGCUGGAGGAGGUCGUGGCUGCCACUGCCUCUCUUUAGGGCAUGAGGCUUGCAUCAGGCAGGGCCCCGAGGCACCGGCACGGAAGGCAGGCAGUCUCUUCCACAGCGCCUUCCAGAAAUAAAGCUCUGUGCUGCUGUGUGGCAUGGGACAGGUCACCUUCCCGCGGAGCCUCGUGGCCUCAGGUGCUCUUAGGGUGUGGUACUGUCCUGACUGUCCACUGGCAUCCCCGGGACCCUGAUGCCUGUGCAGAGGGUUUGGGCUCCCUGUCUUCAUGAGGCUUAGCCAGGGCUGAGUGCUCUGGAUCCAGUGAGGGGGUGGGUGGGGAGGUCCUGCUAAGUGAGAUCUGCAGCCAGAAGGCCCGGAGUGUGCUGGGGACUCAGGCGUGGGGGCAGCAUGUGGUUGGGAUUCCUGGUGCCCCCAGCCUUCCCUCAGCAAGGACCAGCAUCCCAGCCCGUAGGCCUCCCAUCCACAGCAGUGCGAGGCAGCUGGCUUGUCCUGCACGGUUCCCUCUGCAGUAGGACCACGCCCCUGCUCGGCUCCAUCUUGCCCUGGAGCAAGCCCCUCCUGUGUAGGCCGGACAUCCUGGGGCCCAGGACCUCUUGUGUCUAUCCCACAGGAGAACCACUAUUUACAUGGAGCUUGCCGUCCCCCUACUGGCCUGUGCUUCCCCUUAGCCCCCGUCCAGAGUCCGGAGCCAAAGAUGUCUGUAUGGUCCGGGCACCAGGCCAGGCCUCAUACCUUGUCCCUCAUGCAGGCCCCUAGGCAUCACAGGUGCACCGUUCAGGGGCCCCUCAGGGUCGGCUGGCACCCGUGAUUUUAUGUCCCUCUUAUUUGUGGCAGCACUGCCUGUGCCCCCCAGGCCCCAGUGAGGGCUUGGACCUUGCCCCAGGUGUCCAGAGCCCCCCGUAGUCCCUCUCCCACCCUUCACAUGUGCUGGCCAUCUUAGGCCACCAGCAGUCGGUGCUUGGUUCACAGCCACUCUGCACUCCGUGUGCCACUCGACAGUGACAGUAGUAGGGUUCUCCAGGGAAAUGGAACCCACAGAAUAGAGCGAGAGACGGUGGGGGCUGGUGAGUGAGAUCUGCAGGGCAGGCCAGCAGGCCAGGGACUGAGGGGAGCGUGGACUUUGUGGUCUGGGGUCCAAAGUCUGCAAACUCAGGGUUAGUGUGUUGAAGUCUGAAGGCAGAAUUGCUUCUUUGGGAAACCUCUGUCCUUGCCCUUAAGGCCUUCCACUGACUGGAUGAGGCUCACCCAAAUUGUGGGGGAUGAUCUGCUUUAUCAAGGUCUGUGGAAUUCAGAGCUAAUCACAUCUAAAGGAUGCUUUCACAGCAGCAUGGAGACUGGCGUUUGAACAAACAGCUGGGCACCGUGGCCUGGCCAAGUCGAUGUGUUGAACUGGCCAACAUAGUCACCUCCCUGUGCUCGCAGGGACUCAGCAGGCACGCUGCUCUGUCCCGUGCCCACCUCGACGCCCAGCAUCUGCUCCUUUCCCAGCAGCCGCGGGCAGUCCCACAACCUCCCCGUGUGUAGCACUAACCCCCCCCCACUGCCAUCGGACAGUUGUGUCUGCACACGUCCCUGUGUGCCGUCCAGCCGUGCCGUGGCACACACCGCAUUAUUCAGCAGUCACCCCUUGCACACGUGUCCUGUCAGCCUCCACCCCUGGAACUCCUGCUCUACCAUGUCCUUGCUCCUCCCACGCGUCCCACGUGUCCCUCAAAUGCUGGUACUCACACUACUCAGGUGCACGGUGUGCACACUUGCCAUGUGCGAUCCAGUGCCCCCUGCACACCUACAGUGCCUCACGUUUGCUCCUGUUCUCAUCAUCAAGCUUUUGGUUCUAGCACACCCACUUGGUGCUAGUAGACAAUGUCUCACUGCACACUCACAGGCCAGGUGCAAACUUGGCAUCGUUCUGCUGCUUGUAGUUCCCGUCUGCACAGCCGUGGUGUGCCGUCAAGUGGUGCUUGUGUGUUCAUGGUGCGAACCCGUGACCGCUGCGCACACGGCGAUUCAUCAGUUCCUUGCGCAUUCAUGCUGUACCAUCCAACCCACUAAACCACCCAGAACUGCCACGUGUGGUCCGGUAGCUGCUUGCUCCAUGUUGCUCUAGCUUCUGCCCCCCUCUUGCACACCCACUUGCAUUCAACAGUCUGCACAGUCACUGGGCCUGCACCUGAGCCGUGCUGUGUGUCCAGUUGCAGCCGUUGAGGAGGAGGGGCUAACUCAGCAUUGUCCCCAUCAUUCACCCGUCUCUUGCCUCUGCAGGCUGUCUCUUCAGGGGAAGAUGUCGGCAGUAUGUGACCAGGUGCACUGGAGGUUCCCUGGCUUGCCUGGCUUGCCCUUCAGCUCCUCAUCCUGGGGAAGGACCUGGAAGGGCACUCCAGCAAGCUCAGGGCGUGUGUGUUUGCCACCUGGAUUGGAACCAUUCCAGUGUUUCAUUGGUGAGGCAGUUGCGUGCUGCCCGUGGAUCAUCAUUUCUGGUAGCACCCCUCUGCUCAGGCUGCAUUUUUCCGCCUCCUCGUGGGAAAAGUUUGCACCCCCAUGACGUAACCAGGACACAGUCAUGAGGUCUCAGCCAGACAGGAGUGAUCACGGUGUACCUGAUGGGGUGGGCGUUUCUGGGGUGAACAGUUGUGCAAGGCAUAGUGGUGAUGCUGGAACUCCUUGUGUACAGGGAGCAGGGAUGCUUAUGGACUGAGUUGGAGCUUUGGCUCUAAAUUCUGCAUCACAAGUCUUUACCCUGGAUAAGAAGCCAACAGGAAAAGGGGGUCUGAGGUCAGAGACAACCCCAGGAGGGUUUAAAUCUAGGUAAAGCCAAAGAUACAGAUGUAGUGAAAAGAAGGGGCACCUGCCCCCCAACGUUCGUAGCAGCAGUGUCCGCAGUAGCUAAACUGUGGAAAGAGCCGAGAUGUCCUUCAACAGAUGAAUGGAUCAAGAAGAUGUGGUCCGUAUAUACAACGGAAUAUUACUCAGCCAUCAGAAAGGGGCUGAGGCAAUUCCGGAGUUCGAUCUUGAACACCACAAUUUCUCAAUCGGUGGUCAGAAGAAAUCUCAGCAAGAGAAGCAGAGUGUGUUCCAUCUUCCCCAAUUGGAGCAGCUACUGUCCUGAGAAAGGAAAUGG